AGCACUCGGUGGAUGCCAUUCCAGAGCAUAAUGAAUUCCUUUUUCCAGAAUAUGAAAUUUUGAUAGCACCUGAGGAACCAGAAUCUCCUGCUGACAGCAGCAUAGAUCCUGAUGAUGAACAAGGAGCUGUAGAUACUUCAGAGGACCUGGAAGAACAAAAGGAACUUGGAGCUACAGGUGAAGCAUUUCAAGCCUUAGACGAAGAGACAUUGGAAGCAAUGGCAAAACAUGAGACUGAAGAAGACAAGAUCUUCCAAAUGUUUCAAGAGCAAAUAGCUGCCGAACCAGAGCAGAUUAUUAGAUACUGCAGAGGAGGAGAAGGCCCAAUCUGGGUAUCAGGUGACAAUAUUCCUGAAGAAAAAGAUAUCCCAAAUUGUUUAUGCGGUGCCAAAAGGAUUUUUGAAUUCCAGAUUAUGCCACAGCUCCUGAAUCACCUUCAGGUUGACAGCCUUGGAGAGAGCAUUGACUGGGGAACGCUGGUGGUAUACACUUGCGCUGACAACUGUGGUGAGGGAAACAAAUACCUGGAAGAGGUCAUAUGGAAACAAGACUUCUCUGCAGGCUCUAUUUAA